CGGUGCUGCGCGCGGGGGGGACCGGAAGACAGAGCGGGAAUCGGCAGCCACGGCGCGUCUGCGCAGUGCACGGCGCUCCCUCGGCGCUGGCCAACAUGGCGACCCUCGACGCCGGACGACCUUCGGCGCCGCAGCAACGCUUCAACGCCACGGCGCAGCGACGAUGACCGCGGUCGAGCUCGAGCCCACGCUGUAGCCCUUUACCUGCCGGCGGCGGACACCACACGCCCGGGGUGUUCCGACGGGACAGCCUCAGUGACGCCUCUUCUUCUCUUUCCCACCAUCCCGAGCGAGGAAACGAAGGCUUCGCCUUCCGGGCCCCCUCUCUUCUGCGAGCCUCGAGUGAGUGAGAGAGUGUGAGGUGGGGGGAGACCCGCGGGGGGCGGCCCGCCGCCCGUUCAACCACCUCCCUCGCCUCCGCGGCGGUGGCUGGUCCGCGAGGAGGCGCGAUGCCCUGGGCGCCUCAGCAGCGCACGCCUCGGCGCUGCGCCGCGGCCCGGGUCGGCCUGCCGCCGCCGCUGCUAUCGCCGCCUUCUCCGGACCACAGCGCAGGCAUCCAAAGCCCGGAUUACCCGCGUCGCCAGCAGCGCUACUAGGGGCAGCGGGCCAGCGCGGCGGGCGAUGCCGUCGGGGCCCUGAGGAGCGUUCCAUGGGCCGCCGCCGCCUGCUCUGCGCCUGGCUCCUGCUGGCGGGCCAGCUGGCGGCCUGGCCCCAGGCCGCCCUGCCCUCCUCCACCACCAGCGCCUCCGCGCCGCACCACCCGCGCUGGUCCGACGCCGUGCUCAGCCUGGUGCGCCGAGGCCGGAACGUGUCGGCCGCUCUGCAGCUCGUGCACGAGUCCCAGCACUGGACCGCGUGCAGCCGCGUCUCGCUCGCCCCGCUGGGCGUCCGGCCCAACGCGCGCUCCGCCGCGUCGCCGCUGCUGGAGCGCCAGGCGCAGGUGGCCGUGCGCACGGCCAACCUGCUCACCUCCCUCUCGGCGCGGCUGCAGAACGACACCGAGCUGGUGUACGGCGAGGACCUCUACUACACGCUGGCGCGCAUGAACGUGCUCAGCGAGGACGGCGUGCUGGGCAGCGGCCUGCUGGUGGUGCCCCGGGGUCGCGAGGCGCCCGUGCUGAGCGUGUUCGCGUACGCGUCGCCCUCCGGGGGGCUCGCCUUCCACCGCAACUACUCGUACGAGGCGGACUCGGUGGACCAGUGCGCGUGGUUCGCCCGCCUCGCGGGCGCGAACUACACGGCGUGGCUGCUGCGGCGCUACGGCACUAGCGUGCUCGACGUGGCCAGCGGACUGCAGGUGGCCGCCCGCGACGGGCUGUGGACGGCGCCGUACUUCGACUGCACCGUCACCGACGCCUGGGUGGCCACGUUCGCGCUGCCCUUCCUCGGCGUGCGCCGGGACAACUCGCUCGUGUUCAGGGGUGUGGCCACUGUAAAUAUUGCUUUGAACACGAUGGAUAUCAAUCAGUGCUCCGAGGACGACCUCUUCUUCGCCAAAAGUCAUCGGUGUGAUCCACAAAGUGCCGAGUGUGAGCCUUCCGCGGGCCUGGGCUUCCGGCGGGGCGGCUACCAGUGCCGCUGCCGCGAAGGUUUCUACGCUCCCGCGUCGCCGGACGACGGCGGCAUCAACGGCGACGCGGCGGCGGCGGGCAGCGGCGAGGCGCUCGAAGCCGCCGCGUCGGCCGAGUUCCGCUGCCUGCCGUGCCCGUCGCGAUGCGGCGGCGCCUGCCAGCGGGCCGACACGGCCGAGCAGCGGGAGGAUGCCUGCUUCGUGCAGUACAACAUGGCCUGGCGCACUCUGGCCCUCGGCGUGCAGGGCUUCUGCACCAGCGUCACGGUCGUGCUCAUGGCGGUCGUCUUCAGGCUCAGGAAGUCCAAGAUGUUUGCAUCGGCCAUGUGGAUUCUUCUAGAGGUCAUUUUGUUGGGAGCACUUAUUAUCUACCAAACAAUCAUAAUACGUUACUUCGAACCGACUACGACGACCUGUUUAAUAGAACCUUGGUUCCGCGAAAUAGGAUUCAUCGUCCUCUACGGCGCGCUUUUAUUGAAGAUUUACAGGAUCCUUGCGGAGUUCCGGACGCGCAAGGCGCACCGUGUGUGCGUCCGGGACAAGGACCUGCUCAAGUACCUGCUGGGGCUGGUGCUGGUCGUGGCCGGCUACAUGUCGGCCUGGACGGCCGUGGUCAUGGACAACUGGGAGAAGGGCCACAGCAUCCUGCAGGUGGCCCGCGCCGCCGGGCACCGCUCCGCGCUACGCUUCCUCGUCUGUCGCGCGCUCUGGUGGGACUACGUCACCGAGUUUGGGGAAGCUCUGUUCAUGCUUUUGGGCAUCUACUUAGCCUAUUGUAUACGUAAUGCCAAAGUUGAGUACUACACAGAAAAAUGGACUCUCUGCUGCUCUGUUUACAUCGAAACCUUGUUCUCCCUUAGUAUGUACAUAAUUCGGCACGCAUUGGCGGCUGUUCUCGAGCCUGACCAUGUGUUUCUGCUAUACUUCAUUCGCUGUCAUUGUACUGUCACCGUCAUCCUAGUCCUCGUAUUCGCCCCCAAGUUAUGGUACCACCAUCGGCCUCCAAACUUGGCAACAGAGCAUCGCAGUCGUCAUUUUUCAUCGUAUGAAAUUCCGGAUCCGCAUCCAGAGAAUCUGAAACUCCACGAAGCCGUUCUUUCCAACGGAGAGGUGGACAUUGCAGACAUAAACCUGGCAGACAUGGAUCCGGAAGACAUAAGGGCUGAGCUUCGGCGCGUGUACACCCAACUGCAAGUGCUGCGGAACAAGACGAUGCGCAAGGACAACCCGCACAUCUCGAAGCGCCGCGGUGGCCGCAAGGUGACGCACCGGCGGUUCUCGCUGCAGCCCUUCCACCACAAGCACAAGCACGCGCACGCGGCGCACUCUGCGGCGCACGAGCAAGAGACCACCGAGGUCUCCAAGACGCCCGAGGACUCGACGGCCAGCGGUGAGGGCGGGCCCGUGCCCGACGGACCGUCUGUCACGAGCGUCUCGGGCAUCGGCCGGCCCCUGCAGUUCGACGACGCAGCCGCUCCCUCGACGCCCGUCACCCCGUCCCGGAGGUCCUAGGACGCCGACGCUAAACAACGAGACGCAGGCAAGGGGACCAAGGGAGCGUGCCAAAACCUCUAGGACCACAGAAAACCAGCAACGCGCAACGGCCGGCGCAGCCUCUUCGCAGUCGUUCCCGGCAGCCACCGCGGCACGUCUCGGGAUGGUGGCGGGCACACGGGGGGAACGCACUACACGUAUCUCUAAACGAUGCGCAGAGAGAGGACAAACUACACACAACAGCGAAGGGGAGCAUCGCGCCAACGGCCAACAGCGCGUCCGCCGCCACACACACACUUCACAGCAGACUCAUGCACUAAGGGUGCGUUCCGAUUCUGCCGGCCUGGCUGAACGUACUAGAAACUGGGCCGAUCCAGGCGCUGAAUCUCGUUCAAUUCCUCGUCGAGCAAUCAAAAAGGAAACACGGCUCAGCUUGAGCGCCGAAAAUGCGGCAUUGUGCUCUCUCACUCGGCUGUUUUUUGCCACGCCAUGAAAGCUUCGAGUCAGGCCGGUGCUCUUGUAGCAACCAGAAGUCGGCGCUGUGCGGAGUUCUCUAGAUAAGUCUCGUCUGCAGUGACGCGUUCUUCUGAACACUCGCCUUUUUCCACGCCUAAACGAGGCUGCAAGGCCACUUUCGUUCUUUCUUUGCGUAGCUUAUUUUGCUUUCCGUCAUAAAUAAAGGUAGCGUGUGCCAGUAGUGAAACAGGCAGCUCUAUUCUUUUGUCAUUAGGCAGUUCUUUGGUCGUGCGAUCCAGCGCAACUGCCUAUGGAAGUUGGAGAAAAGGCAAAUGGCGGUAGCCUCUCUCCCUCACCCUUCCUAUAGAUCUUUUUUUUUUCAAUGUUGCCCCAUGCACACCGCAUGGACAGCCGCAGUGGCGUACACAUGUGACCACUCCCUCUCAUUUACCAUGUACAUUCGGCGCCUCUAACCUGCACUGGUAUCACCAGGGCCGCCAAGUUCGAGGAGCACUGGCAAGACGAAGGCUUCGCCGCUGUCACGCUUUGUGCCUAAAGCGGAAACUACAGGAGACGUUGUGACAUCAUAUGACCAAUAACGCCCCACGGCUGGUCCGUAGCGGCGCCGUCGUCGGGCACGCGGCGCAAGGAGACCUUCCUGCUAUACUAAGGCUAGCACAAACUCGCCCAUUCCAUUUACUGCGAUAACCGGCUCUCUUGCACAUUACGGACAUCGGUAUGGUCUAGCAGACGACUAUUCGUCAAGCGAUAUAUAUAUAUAUAUAUAUAUAUAUGAAACUGCGGUACAAGGCGAGUGUUCGUAUGAACAUGCAAAGUCCUCAUUUUUUUGGGCCAUCAAUAUUAAUCCGUAACACAUGCGCCUCGCAACAUUUCGUGGGCCAGCAGAGACGGAUCGGAACGCACCCAUGCACUCUGUCAGAUGCUUUCCUCCUCUCUUCGUAGAAAUAGCCACCAUCGAUUAAGUUAGGGAAGGAAGCCAUCGUUCAAUCGCACCUCUCAGUAAAGACUGACGACUUUUCCUCGUCAUAAUGCGACCGCUACCACUCCAGAUUUCUCUUACGCACUAUCCGUUAGAUCUGCGUGCGCGCACCUCGUCUGUCGCAUACGAGUUUUUGUUAUUCUCGGAAGCGAUUGGGUAGGAAAAAUCGAAGGAUACUGACCAGAGGGAUAUCUGUACAUAUGUGCUUGAGCAAACCGAAACGAUUGAGCGUGAAUGUAGCACGGAAGCAGACGUGACGUUAUGGACACGUGAGAGCUUCAGAAGAGCAUACCAUUGCUAGUGCAGUGGUGCCAGACAGCAAGCGUUCAGAGUGUAUUGUUUGUGUCGUGCUAGAGACCGCAAUAAUGCGCUAAUAGCUCGCUGCACAAGCGGCAAUGACGUCAAAGGGCAACUCCGGCGAUUUUUCGAUGUCAAUGGAUGUCGAUGAAAUUCGUUGGGUACGUUCCCCUGAACACUUCCGUCACAUCCUCAAAAAAGCAGGUUUGAGAGUCGCGCAGAUUUUUUACAAAUGAAUCUAAUCAAUUGCCUCGAACACCUUACGUUACCUCAUCAGUUACAGGCCACAUUGUGUAUGACGUCAGGAGUAUUCCAUGCAGAGCACGCCGGUAUGAUGCAGACGACAGCGACGAGAGCGUCGAGGAGUCGACGAUCGUGAGCUCGUGCUUGGCGUGAGAAGUUGCUGUCACGAGAAGUUGCGUUCCCUGUAGACAGGCAAGUGAUGGGGGUGACAAGCGGUGUAGCGUUGUUGGCUUCACGAACUUCAGCCCUCCCCAUCCACACAGUUUCACCCGAUGCCCAUCGCCUUCGGCCGAGGUUAAGCCUAUAUGUCACAGUCGCAGAGUUCGUGCGUCUACUGCUGGCAGUCCUGAGCGACUGACCUGAAGCUAAUUAGGCCAUUAGGAUGAAGAAAACUGCUUUUGUAGUUCAGUUUUCGCCAUUCAGAUUUGAAAUAAACCAUUCCUCAUAUAGUACACUGCACACACAAUAAGCGAGAAGCAACGACACGGAGCAGUAUCGAAAUCAGUACAUUGCAGUUUUCAACGGAAAGCUGCCAGCCGCACUCACCGGCCCUCCCCUAAAUUAUAUGCGACUACGGACAUGGGUACAUUUUUACGUAUUGUCAUGCAUACUCAUUAUUUAGCUUCCGCGGUGCACUACUUUCCUCGUAUCCCGAUUAGGCAGCAAACGUAGGCCCCUUCGAUAAAGCAGCGUAAACCACCUCGUUCAGCUGCCAACGGUGUCAAUAUACACUGGCACUGGUGUUCUCGCGAGAAAACUAUGCGUUCUCUAAAUGAACGAUCAUACGCGCAAAUUCCUCAUCUGUGUCUACUUUACGGAGCACAUUGUGUGCAUGAAGAGCAUACGAAGAAUAAGUAGGCAGCAUGUCAGCGCUCCCGUACUACGGUCUCCCGCUCGCUGUUUACGAAGGUGUGGUCGCUCACAUUAGCGCGAUUCAGGGGGAUGCAGCGGUGCUUACAUGCACAAAAUCUGCCUGUUUUGAUAUGUGCUGACAUUAAUUGAUGUCACCGAUGAGCAGCUAGCAUUAUAUCUCAAACGAACGAAGAGUGGUCGCUGCACGUGGCGGUGUAAACAAAUGUACCGGAUGGUGCUUUGAACUGUCAGCGGCGUUCUUGCUGGAUACUAUUGGGGAAAGUCGUGCUCCACAUCUUACAGGGAGCAAGCGAAGCGCUUCCCUGAGAAGGAGUAAAACACCUAAAAUAGCAAGCAGCACGUGUAAACUAAGUGGUUAGGGCUACCCUUGGUCAUGUUGCAGCACGAUAUGUAGCGCAUGGGUGCUGGAUCUCGUGGUGGCGGGUUGGAUGCGAACGGCUAUUCGUGGUUACUGAAUUCGUCAAAAUUAUAACUGUCCAUAUUUGACCGAUCCGAAGAGCUGGUACAGCUGACGUUGUCACCCGAAGGUCCGGCUCGGUCACGAAUCAGCUGAGCGUCUGCUCUUCGGUGGUUUCGUUCGCCCAGAAAGCGAUACCGGCAUGCCUUGCGCGCCUUCCCCGCUGGGGCACUCGUGACGUCACACGAAGAACUUCGCUCGGCUGCUCCGUCAGGUUCGGUUUCGUUUAUGCGCUUUCUUGUUUAUUUAAAAUUAUUUUCGAAUUUGUGGAACCAUUGUAUUAUCAGACGCGUGACAAGGGGGUCUCGGGAACCUAAAUAUUCCAUUACCUUGACAUCGUCAAAAUAUCGCCGGAGUCGCCCUUUAGUAGUGCGAUACGGUCGAAUAAGUAGUCGCCAGAAUAAAAGCAGCCUACACAUGAGUACACACUUUUGUACUGUUUAAAUGAAGUAACAACUCGAGGUGAGCAUCCCAUGGAUUAGCCCUUUGAAUAACCAGCCAUUACUCUAGUCUUCAUUAGUUCUGAACCAGAACCGACUUAGGCCACGUGAGCCAAGUGGCGAAUGUAUGUUUUCUUAAUAUUUAGCGCGAAUUUGUCUGCGGAUGUUCGCAGCUAGUUGUCGAGUGCAGUUAUGGCCUUCAUUUGAUACUCGGAAGCAGAACCAUUGUCUCAACUACGAUUUAAACGCUUGUAUAUUCGUCAUUAUUCAACAUGGAAACACGCGAGGAGGAAGCAAGGUGGCAGUUAUCAAGAGCUCAUAAAGCUAUAGGUUGUAAGCCCUCAAUAACUUAGUAACCACCCUGUAAACUUCACUGUGACCAUAAAACACAAGUACUCAUUCUCUAAGUCAUCGACAACACUUUACCACAACAAUCAUACAAGUGCUGCUGUUUCGACUGUAUCAUUGUUGUGAACAUCGGAAAAUGAUUCUUCAAGAGAGCCAUUCCGACAUCCAGCAGCUAAGCCAUGACGUCAUUACCGUACCUGCGGCGAGCUAUGCGUUUACCGUCCCGGUUGCUGCGAAGGCUUUUUACUGACGUGUGUGCGGGCGACUCGGCGAAGACUUAAAGUGCAUUAAUUUAGGAAAUACGAGCACAACUACAGUUACACGCAGUGUGGCACGUUUUCAAAGACCACUAACACUUUCAGCGCUAAGGGUUUCAUUAUUACCGCAAUACCAAUGAUAGUGAGAGAAGGCGCGCCGUUUGCGUCGCAGUAGGCGUGUGAAUGAGACAUUCCACAAAUGUUUAGAGACUGCGUCAAAAUGAACGCGGCCAUAUGGCGACAAACAGAUGCCGAGAGGAGAAAGUAAUCGGGUGGAUCGGCUAGCACUGUGGCUUUGACAUUCCGAAGACGACGAAAACAUCAAUCCCGCAAGACGGAAAAAGACAGGGAGGGAUGUUUCUUGAAGAACAGCACACAGAAACCUAGAAUAUGGGCGUAGGAUGAAAUAGAACAAAGGGGAGAAAAUAGUUACGUUAACGGGGGCCACAGUCCCGUUUCCUACCCUACACUGGGAGAUGGCGAACUGCAGAAAAGUGAGAGAAAGUGUGGAUGGGAAGUAACUAUAAAGAAGAAGCAGGGUAAACACUCAGGCAGCUUAGCUUUUGCAACAUGAGAAAAGGGGCGGAGCUAGGCGCAGGCGUACACGACGCAAGGAAGAAAGAGCUUAGUAUUACUAAAGACAAGCCUUCCCAGAGGAAAAGCCGAUGAAUGAGCACAUAAUCUACAACUCUCAGUAUGAACAAGCAAUAACCUCUGAAACAAAAACAACAUUAAAGGUACAUGAGUGUAGGCCAUAAUGAGUGCGCGGAGUUUGUGACAGCGCUGAGGUAAAAGAAAGUAUGCGACGGGUGGAUUCACAGCCGAAUGCGUUCUGCUGCAGAAAUCCGCAACGUAUACGCUGAUUCUUGAAAGAUAAAAUUGCCAUUUGCUCGAAUGUACCACAGAGCUUCAUCAGCGAAGCUGUCCUUCCGAAGAACCCGUAGAGGUCUCCUUUGCGGCUUCAUCUUACAUUCAAGGGAGUGCCAACUUUACCUUUCCCUUGGUGGACUAACAAGCCGCCGUGCAGCGAGGGUGCGUGGUGUACACUACACCCAAUGCGCCCAGUAUGCUGGUAAGGCACUUGCUUUCUUUGCCCAAACCGAAGUAUACCAGCCCUCUCACAUUUGCACGGGCGAGCGUUAAUGCGCGUAUCCCAACACACGCUUAAGUCGCUGCAAGCCUCGCUGGCGACUUCACCCUAUAUCUGACCCUAGGUAAAAGUCUCGAGGCUUCCAGACCCAGAUCUCCAGUUCGAGAUUUGGGUUCCACCCACAAAGUCCGGCUGGCGUUCGGGCUGCAGUUUUGCUGGUGCGCCAUGAAGAAGAACCUCAAAUGCGUGCGCGUCUUACCUAUGAUGGGAUAGCCGCAGCGCCUCGCGAUGCUCGUGUCUUGCUCCAAGGCGUCAAACGCCGACCGCUUACGAUGCCACAGUCGCGGCUGUUCCGCCGCACGUUGGGGGGGUAGCUCUCGCCGCGGGCUAAUACAGCCACGCAGAUCGACGACGACAGCGAAAAGCAAGAAAGGUAACAAGGCCGAAGACGGGAACACUACUCCAUGCCAAAGUUUUGCCGAUGUGUAUUUAAUUUCGUUCUGUUUAUCCCCUCACAACCAUCGAUGUAGGUGAAUACGUGUACGUCAGUGUCAGGCUGCGCUCCUGUCAUGUGAGAAACGGGCUGGAUCCUGGGAUGAUCGACGCAUCCAGCGUGAACGAAAGACCUAACAAGGACACUGACGGGAGGCGAUCAAAAAUACUUCGUGAAAUACUUAUACCCUUCUCUACCAGAAGGCUGCAUUACCGCCGCUUGCGGUCUUGUUUACCAUUCAUAUGCAAUAGGUAGCCAAAGUUGGAUGAUACAUCUGUAGUUACCGGUUCACGUUACAUGUUUGUUGUCAACGUUCGCUGGAGCUGUAAAAGGCCGUGUACCUAUUCACUGAUAUUAUUAAAAAAUAUUUUGUUUCGA